CCGUAUCGAGUGAUGUGUGGUGGAUGUUGGCGCAAUCGCCCGUCCUCCUCCGGUGUCCGGUAGUAUACAUCAAAAAUCCAAAUAAAAUCCAAGUGCUAUGAAGUGUCCUCUGGUGUGAGAGUGUAGUGUGCGUGCGGCGUGUCACCAGUGGCCCCCAAAUGCUGGUUACAUGUUCAUGUUCCGGAGCAGACGGGCCACUCUGACCAAACGGCUGCUGAAGGCGCGCAGACGACGGGGGGCCGACGACGAUGGUGACGGCGUGAUGGUGCUCCUCAAACAGCUCCAGGAGAACCAGCUGGGGAUGCUGUGGACGGCGGUGGAGAGCCGAGGCCGAGAUGGAGGCAAUAAUUGCGUGUUGAUGCCGAGAGAGCGACAGCCGCACGUGCUGUGUUGCCAGACGUGGCGGUGGCCAGAUCUGCUCCAGAGCGCCGACUUGAGGAGGCUCCCGGCCUGCAGGUCGGCCUUGGAUCCCGUCUACGUCUGCUGCAACCCCUACCACUGGAGUCGCGUUUACCAACCCGAUACCCCGCCACCUCCCUAUAGCAAAUCGGAGAUACUGAAACCUGAAGCACCAAGUGAAAACCCUCUUCGGCAGCAGUUCCCUGGGUCUUUGACGACGAACGGAGAAGAUUCGUUGCGAAACCCUUCGGAGUGGUGCAGAUUGGCCUAUUGGGAGUUGGCCCAACGGGUGGGUCCGCUCUUUCCCGUGGAAGCCCCGGCUGUGAAUGUCUUCGGUGACGUGCCCUAUUGCGAUGGGCUGUCGUUAGAAACGUUAGCUCAACAAAAUUGCAACGCGCCAGAGUCUGUCAGACAUGGGAGGUGUAAAAUUGGUCUAGGCGUGACACUGUCCCACGAAGGCGGUUCCGUGUGGGUGUACAACCGCUCCGAGAACCCCAUUUUCGUGAAUUCUGUGACUCUGGACAUCGCCGAUUCUCCCUUACCUACUCGAGUACCUGCCGAGCAAUGCCUCUGCGUCUACGACCCCCAGAAGGCGGCUCAUCGAACCUGUUGGGACUUCAGCACCCACGGCCCCGUCGACCCCAACUCGAUACGAAUCAGUUUCGCGAAGGGCUGGGGCCCCCUGUACAAGCGCCAGGAGAUCACCUCCUGUCCCUGCUGGCUAGAAAUACUUUUAGCCCCGUGCAGGUGAUCGAAAGACACUCCUCCAAAGUGCUGUUGUACUAAGUGGAACUCAGUGAUGAUAAUGAUGAUGGUCACAAGGCUGAAUUUCUCUUCUUCAAGGAGCGGUGCUGUGGUGUAGUUUCCGUCCUACUAUUCCCGAGUUUGAGGCUGAUAUGCGGUGCCUGGCCACAGGGUAAAAGAAGCCAAGGAAAUAAGGACUUUAACAAAUUUUCCACCCACCUAAAUAUUUUUUAUACUUUUUAAUCGGAUGCCCAAAGCAGGGUGUACAGAUUUGUCACAAGAAAUUACCACCUAGGAUUCAAACUUUUAGGAAAAUUGCGUUUGUAACUAGAAUUUUCAGAAGUAAUUUUGAUUGCUUAAGGUUGACAGGUGACAUAACCUAAAUUUUGACACUGGUUACGAUAUCUUUUCACGAAUAUCCCUAAAUCCCAGGGAGUAAUUUCUUGUUGAUAAUACAACAGUACACUAAGCCGAGGUGCGAACCAAUCUGCAGUGAGCAUCCGCUAAAUUCGAUUUCUUCUUUACCGACCUACAAGUUUUUAUUGAUUGUGAGAGUAGAAGUACUGAUGUGGAAGGCCUUAUAAACAUCGUUGAGACGAUGAGCGUUAUUAAGGUGUCGUUUUUACUGAAUUUAUUGAAGCGAAAGUGGAGCUUCAUGUGGGGGACCAUUUUGAGGUUAUUUUAAAAAGCAUUUUUAUUUUUGUACAUGGUCAAUUGUUGUUUUCCUUUUCUGUACUUAUUUUAUUAAUUGUGAAUGCAAUUGGUAAUAAUAGUAUUGCAUUUUGUCCCACUUUUUUGUAUAUUUGUAUUAAGCAGCGAGGGUCUUCAUUUUAUUGUCUUACGGAAAACUUACUAGUCAUUAAAAAGAAAUUCGCGCCUAGAAUGUAGGUCCAUGCCUGUUCAUAAUAUGUAAAAAUAUGUUCCAAGUUAUGAAAAUGUAUAUGUUACAGAAUUUAUAUAAAGUGUUUAAAAAUUGUAAAAAAUAGCAGUGCCUUGAUAGCAAUCAUAUUGUGAAAAAUACAUAAGUACUGUACUUUCUGCAUUAUGUAGGAAAUAUUCAUUGGUUUUAUUUAUUUAUUAAAUUUUUAAAUUAUACAUUUUUGUAUAUCAAAUAAAUUUAUGUAUAAAAUGAA